ACAGUAAAGUUCAAGAUUCCGGCAGUUUUCUUUACCUCCGAUAUAAAUCCUGGCUCUUUGAAACAAGCAUUGGAAUCUAUCCCUCUGUAUUCCCUGGAUGCUCCAGAAUCAUUUCACAUGCACUCGUCACCACUGGUUCCUUUCGGUGAACAAAACUAUGUUAUCACAAGGUUUAGCCAACUUUACGAUUCUUGGUCUACAUACAGGCAUUGGGUCCAGUCUGCAAAAACAGCACAAACAUCUCAAAAAGCUGUGAAACCUGUUUCUGUACAAGGUCUUCAUACCCUUACCGCAACUGAAUCUCUGGCCAAUCCUCCUAUUAUGUACCUGCAAACAGUCAAGCUAGUAGAGGUUCAUGAUACAUGUGCUUCUCUUCUCUCCAAAGUGCCACGUGGAUGGAGUCGGGAUUUCAUCAAUGAUCGUAUAAAAAAACUUGGUGGAGAUACCCCUUUCAACCUGUUUUUAAAGAAAGAACUGCAACACCUUACGUCAGUGUUGUCCGAAAUUAGAAGGAGUUUACAUGUAAUAAAGGAUUCCCUUGAAUCAUCAGACACAUUAGGUGAUCAACUAUCUGACCCCAAUGCUAUCACAAUUGUGCAUGAUCUAUAUCUUAAGAAAGCUCCCACACAGUGGUUCAAGAUGGAAUGGAGCUUCCCCUGUCCAUCCGAUUGGUCUAUUUCAUCUUGGAUACAAGAUGUGCAGCAGAGAGUAGCUCACUUUGAGAAGAUACUCCAAUUGGGGCGUGAAAAAAUGCCAACAUACUGGCUUGGUGCAUUUCAUAAUCCUAAGGGUCUACUCUCUCUUCUUAAACAAGAAGCAAUUCGCAGAUACUCGGCGAGAACUGGAAAUGCAGAAUCGGUAGCGUUUAAAACGGAAAUAACACAGAGAGACAAAGAACAUAUUCGAGAUCCACCCCAUGAAGGUAUGUUUGUAUACGGAGUCCACAUCUGGGGAAUAUUCUGGAACAAAACUGAUGGAGAGAUUGUGGAUUUCCCACAGAAGAGUCUAAACACAUUACCCGUCAUCCAUGUACAGUGUUUGCCCACCUCUGAAAAACAUGGCAUUAAUGAUAACCCAAAAAUGCCAGAUGUCUUCAUGUGUCCAGUGUACCGCUCUUUAACAUCUGACAGACAGCCUGUUUUUGCUCUAGACAUCCAUAAAGAAAACAUUGCCGGCUCUCGAUGGGCUCUCCGAGGCAUGAAAGCAACUAUACAUCCAUUCUGA